AUGCCAUUUCCCGGUGGCGGAUGCCAAACAUGUAGGGAUCGACGAAUCAAGUGUGAUAAGACCCAGCCAAUCUGUCAACGAUGCAUCAAGUCCCGGCGAACAUGCUAUGGCAUGCGGGAUCAACAAGUCUGGCAUACCGAAAAUGCCUACGCAAGCCGUCAGAAGAAGCGCCCUAGAGGGCCUCGCUCAAUGAAAAUGAAUCUAACCGUCUCCUACAAGCCCGCCAAUCUUAAAACAUACGCAAUUGCAUAUUAUAUGCACAAUUACCUGCAGGCUCCGCAUAAUGUUCCCGAUAUUGUCAAGGAUGUCACUAGAGGAUGCCUACCUGUGCUUCCAUCAACGCCGUGGUGUUCAAUAAUAGAUCUAGCGGUGUCCUCUCUGGCCCUAGCGCUAUUUUCGAGGACCCAAAAUUACCCGCACGCAACUGUAGUAGCGUCUGCCACGUAUCAUCGACUUCUGCAGGUAGCUCAAACUGCGAUACAUUACCUGACACCAGAUAAUACUGACCCGUGUCUCCUCGCGGUCUUCUUCAUGGGUCGCUACGAGGACUCGAUAUACCGUCCAGAGACCAAGACCCCGCUGGUGAACGCCUCGCCGAGCUUCUCACAUCACGAUGGAGCGUUGGCAAUCUUGAAGGUAUGGAACGACCGUUUCAGUUGCGAUCGGCCCGCAACGGACGUUAUUAAGCAUACCAGACGGGGGGUGGUCAGAUCAGCCCUCCUGCGAAAUACAGCACUACCACAUUGGAUCCAUGAUGGUGCAUUCUUCGGUGAACACGGCCUCGAACUUGAAUACGACCGAGUUAUCAUAAGUCUCGCCAACAUCCGCCAUCGGUUGUUCGCACUCGCCGACGAAAUCACAGCUCGGGGUACAACUCCACAAAACGAGUCAAUAUUGAAACUGGAACAGAUCCAUAAUGAAUUACACACCCUCGACCUAGACUUAGAAACCUGCCUCUCCCACAUCCCAGAUGCAUGGCGCCAGUCUCAACAACACACCCUAUCAAACGUGGACCUUCCAUCCUGGCCGUCCGCAAAUUUCUAUUCCCCAGUCCUAUACAGCUAUCCUAGUCCAACAUAUGCAGCUCUUUGGAGUCAGUAUAAUGCCACGAAAAUGCUUGUCAAAAGUACCCGGCUGAGAAUCCUCGCCCUCCAUAAUCCAAAUAAUCUAUCCCUAAAGCAAAAGCUUUCUUUCGAUAUGCAGUGUGUGUCUGAAGAUCUGGCAGCGACCGUACCCUUUGCUCUUCAGAGAGUCAGAGUAAUCGGUGACACGCAUUCAUCAUCCAUUCCUCGUUCAUCCGUCACCCUGAACCUAAAGGCAGAAGUCAAGCCAACCGACGCUUGUUUGGUCAUAUGGCCACUGACCAUUGCGUCAGGGCUUGAAUAUGUGGGUUCUGAGCAGAAAGCCUGGUUUAAGGCUCAGCUAGCUCGUCUGGGUAGAGUGGUAGGGUUUGGAGUGUUCGAGUCUGUGGAGACGGAUCAAUGGCUUAAGCUCUAG